AAUGCAAAAAAAAUCCCAAUUUUUAGCUCCAAAACAUACAAAGAUGGCGCUGUACUAUCUUUUAUGUGGUUACUUGUUUCCAUGGAGAUUAGGGCCUCGUUUUCACGUUUUAGCUUCGCGCGCCAUCCCGCGCAUUGUCUAUGAUUUCCCGGGAAAUUUUCAGCUGAUUUGUGAUCAGGCUGAUGCAAAGCUCUAUGAAAUCUUGCAAUAUUUUGUUUUGUCUGGUGUUUCGCUGAAAGAGAAUUAUUUUACUCGCAGAAACUGUUGCAAUGAAACUGAAUCGGUUACAAAUGCUGACGCAACCAACAUCAAAAUGGCUGCCAUAAAUGAUACCGAAGUGACCGUGGAAAAUAACAUCGUUGAAUCAUGGAAAAGGGAACAAAUUGAGCUCAAGAAGAAACUUGUUACUGAGGACUUUGUUAAAUGGGGAGACUCUACUGAAGAUCCUUUUAAUAAAUUAAACCUGAUUGGUGGAGUUGACAUCUCUUUUCCCAAAGACGAUUCAGAUCAUGCAUGUGCUUGCUUGGUGGUGCUGAGCUUCCCAGAACUGGAGGUUUUAUAUGAGGAUCUAACCAUGGUACAUCUAACAUCACCUUAUGUUCCAGAAUAUCUGGCUUUCAGAGAGGUUGGGUUUCUUGUUGAUGCAAUUUCCAAAGUAGGAAAAAGCAAACCAGAGUUACUUCCUCAGGUCAUUCUAGUUGAUGGAAAUGGGAUGUUGCAUCCAAGAGGAUUUGGGAUUGCAUGCCACCUUGGAGUUCUGACAGAUAUUCCUACCAUAGGUGUGGCCAAGACCCUUUUCCAUGUGGACGGGAUAGGGCGAGACUCCAAACAUGCUGAGCAGAUUAAAAGCCUUUUGAAAACUGGUGGGGAUAGUUUUCCACUGUUAGGCUCUUCUGGUAUCACCUGGGGCAAGGCUUUAAGAAGCACUCAACAAGCUUUCAACCCUAUCUAUGUGUCAGUAGGCCAUAAGAUAGGACUGGAAACAGCCGUGAGUCUGACACAUGCCUGCUGUCUGUAUAGAAUACCUGAACCCAUCAGACAAGCAGACAUCAGAUCUAGAGAGUAUCUUAGGCAGCAUUACAUUGAAGAAUUGAAAAACUGUUCCUGCAGAACACAAAACAAUGAUAAUGAUGCCUUCAUAGUCACACAAAAUAAUGAAAUAAAUCAAGCAAGUGUUGUAGAUGAUGCCAGUCAGGCAUUUGAUGAUCUUAAACUCAGUUAAACAACCAUGAGUGGACAAUUUGUUGGGAUUAGCAACAGUUUGUAAAAUAAUGAAUUUGCCAAAACAUUUUUCCUCUGCUAGAUACAAUCGGGCUCACUCUUUUCUUUCCUGCUAGAAAAAUAACCUCAUUCAUCCAUAAUAAAAAUCGAGAAAUCACCUUCCCCUUUCUAUAAAAGAUAAAAGCAACUGUAAUAGUAAGGUCAUUCUCAUUGAACUGAAAUUAUGUUACAACUAAUGGACUUGGAAAAUAUUUAACAAGUAGACCAAAAGCUAUUUUAUUUUUAGCAUUUUUACCAUAUUAAGGAAAUCCAAUUAUACUCUAGUACAAUUAUUUUAUCAUGUAUUUCUUAACUACCCACAACAACUUUCUCUGAAGAAUGUGAAAGACAACAAGAGCACAAUUUUAUCAAGUUUUGGAGAAUAAAAUAUAACUUAAGUCAUUUUAGAUGUAAAUAAGCAAAUCACAGGUCUGAAAUAAAGCUUGUACAAGCAAUCACUUAUCAAAGAAAAGCUAAUGACUUUCAAUAAAGAAAAUUUGUGACUCUAAACUGCUAGCUCUCUCAUAUGGAUGUCAGAUGUCUUUAUAGACUGUCUGUAUAAAUUCACCAGUUUAUUCUGCAAAAUGUAGUGGCCUAACAAGGAUCUGGACUGAGAAAGAAAAUCAUGAGUGUUUUCCUUUGUUCUGGUGUAUGGUCAUAUGUACAUGAAACAAAAGAAAAUAACAAAUGGAACCAAGGGUAAUUUUGAACCAACACAACAGAUACCAGCUGUCAUGGUCUCUAACUAAAAAAGGUCUAUUUUUGAAACAUCAGCAUUUCAUAUAUUCAGAGGGUUAAUUUAUCAUAGCUGAUACUUGCCAUCCUUUUGCAUCCCCCCCAAUCCCUACCCCACCAGACAUAGCACAACAGUUGUGUAAGAUAUCAAUAACUUAAUAGCAUUGAAGAUUACAUUGUGCACUGUUGUCUAAUUGGUCCACCUCACUGUGUGUACAUGUGAUGGACUGCUUUGCAGAAAGAGGCCUAACACAAUUAAUGCUAUUCUCGUUUAACAAGAUGCAAGUACUAAAGUUGCCCCGUAUUUUGUAGUCUAGCACAGUUAACAAUAGCACCAUAUAGUUUCAAACCCAUACUACUGUAAUGAAACUUCCCGACCAGUCAGUGUUUGAAUUAAUCGGGUUAAAAACACUAAACA